AUGCUUAUGGAACCUUGCAAUGCCCCUGCCACCUCCCACAAUACACAGCUCCAUCACAACAUCACCAGUAUCCCCAACCUUUUCAGCGCUGGGGCUAUGGACACGUUCAGCCUGAGCUCGGUGUCUUCAUCUCUCCCUCUGCAGCUUGUUUCCAAUGUCCUCAUUUUCUCCUGCACCAACAUUGUGGGUGUCUGCACCCACUACCCGGCUGAGGUCUCUCAGAGACAGGCCUUCCAGGAAACCCGGGAGUGCAUCCAGGCACGGCUCCACUCACAACGGGAGAACCAGCAACAGGAGCGGCUCCUGCUGUCUGUCCUGCCCCGUCAUGUUGCCAUGGAGAUGAAAGCAGACAUCAAUGCCAAGCAGGAGGAUAUGAUGUUCCAUAAGAUUUACAUCCAGAAACAUGACAACGUGAGCAUCCUGUUUGCUGACAUCGAGGGCUUCACCAGCCUGGCGUCCCAGUGCACUGCCCAGGAGCUAGUCAUGACCCUCAACGAGCUCUUCGCCCGCUUCGACAAGCUGGCUGCGGAGAAUCACUGUUUACGUAUUAAGAUCCUGGGGGAUUGUUAUUACUGUGUCUCUGGGCUGCCUGAAGCGAGGGCUGACCACGCUCACUGCUGCGUGGAGAUGGGCAUGGACAUGAUUGAGGCCAUCUCGUUGGUCCGGGAGGUGACUGGGGUGAACGUGAACAUGCGCGUGGGAAUUCACAGCGGGCGAGUACACUGCGGUGUCCUUGGUCUCAGGAAGUGGCAGUUCGACGUCUGGUCUAAUGACGUCACGCUGGCCAACCACAUGGAAGCUGGAGGCAAGGCAGGGCGCAUCCACAUCACCAAGGCCACACUCAACUACCUGAAUGGUGACUACGAGGUGGAGCCAGGCUGUGGGGGCGAGCGCAACGCCUACCUCAAGGAGCACAGCAUUGAGACCUUCCUCAUCCUGCGCUGCACCCAGAAGCGGAAAGAAGAAAAGGCCAUGAUCGCCAAGAUGAAUCGUCAGAGAACCAACUCCAUUGGGCACAACCCGCCUCACUGGGGGGCUGAGCGUCCCUUCUAUAACCACCUAGGGGGCAACCAGGUGUCCAAGGAGAUGAAGCGGAUGGGCUUUGAAGACCCCAAGGACAAGAACGCCCAGGAAAGUGCAAACCCCGAGGAUGAAGUGGACGAAUUUCUGGGCCGUGCCAUUGACGCCAGGAGCAUCGACAGGCUGCGGUCUGAGCAUGUCCGCAAGUUCCUCUUGACCUUCAGGGAGCCUGACUUAGAGAAGAAGUACUCCAAGCAGGUGGAUGACCGAUUUGGUGCCUAUGUGGCAUGUGCCUCGCUUGUCUUCCUCUUCAUCUGCUUUGUCCAGAUCACCAUCGUGCCCCACUCCGUGUUCAUGUUGAGUUUCUACCUGACCUGUUUCCUGCUGCUGACCUUGGUGGUGUUUGUGUCCGUGAUUUAUUCCUGCGUGAAGCUCUUCCCGGCCCCGCUGCAGACCCUUUCCAGGAAGAUCGUGCGGUCCAAGACGAACAGCACCCUGGUCGGAGUGUUCACCAUCACCCUGGUGUUCCUGUCGGCUUUUGUCAACAUGUUCAUGUGUAACUCCAAGGACCUGUUUGGCUGCCUGGCGGACGAGCACAACAUCAGCACCAGCCAGGUCAACGCGUGCCAUGUGGUGGAGUCGGCAGUGAACUACAGCCUGGGUGACGAGCAGGGCUUCUGCAGCAGCCCCCGGCCCAACUGCAACUUCCCCGAGUACUUCACCUACAGCGUGCUGCUCAGCCUGCUGGCCUGCUCCGUGUUCCUGCAGAUCAGCUGCAUUGGGAAGCUGGUGCUCAUGCUGGCCAUUGAGCUCACAUAUGUGCUCAUUGUUGAGGUGCCCCGCGUCACCCUCUUUGACAACGCCGACCUGCUGGUCACCGCCAACGCCAUAGACUUCAGCAACAACGGGACCUCCCAGUGCCCUGAGCAUGCGACCAAGGUGGCGCUGAAGGUGGUGACGCCCAUCAUCAUCUCAGUCUUCGUGCUGGCCCUGUACCUGCACGCCCAGCAAGUAGAGUCCACCGCCCGCCUGGACUUCCUCUGGAAACUGCAGGCCACGGAGGAAAAGGAGGAGAUGGAGGAGCUGCAGGCCUACAACCGGCGGCUGCUGCACAACAUCCUGCCCAAGGAUGUGGCCGCCCACUUCCUGGCCCGCGAGCGACGCAAUGAUGAGCUCUACUACCAGUCGUGUGAGUGCGUGGCCGUCAUGUUCGCCUCCAUCGCCAACUUCUCUGAGUUCUACGUUGAGCUGGAGGCCAACAAUGAGGGUGUUGAGUGCCUGCGACUACUCAAUGAGAUCAUCGCCGACUUUGACGAGAUCAUCAGCGAGGAUCGGUUCAGGCAGCUGGAAAAGAUCAAGACCAUUGGCAGCACCUACAUGGCUGCCUCAGGCCUCAAUGACUCUACAUAUGACAAGGUGGGCAAGACCCACAUCAAAGCCCUGGCUGACUUUGCCAUGAAGCUCAUGGACCAAAUGAAGUACAUCAAUGAGCACUCCUUCAACAACUUCCAGAUGAAGAUCGGGCUCAAUAUUGGCCCCGUGGUGGCUGGGGUGAUCGGGGCUCGCAAGCCUCAGUACGACAUCUGGGGCAAUACGGUGAACGUGGCCAGCCGCAUGGACAGCACCGGUGUGCCUGACCGCAUCCAGGUCACCACAGACAUGUACCAGGUGCUGGCUGCCAACACAUACCAGCUGGAGUGCAGGGGCGUGGUCAAGGUCAAGGGCAAAGGAGAGAUGAUGACCUACUUCCUCAACGGUGGGCCCCCGCUCAGUUAGCAGCUGCCAGCCAGUGAUGCCAGGCAGCCUGGCCUCCAGAGAAACGGAAAUGGCUUCUUUGUAUGCCGGAGGGGGGGCAGGUGGAAGCCUGCGCUCUAGCCCACGUGGCUGCGCCGGUGAGAUUCUCCACUUUGACUCCAGAAGCAGCUUCUGCCUUUGUGGGCAGGCCGCAGCCUCCGUCCCAGGCCCCAGGGUGCCAGCGUCCUGCGAGCACCAAGCUGACCAAAGAUGUUCCUCCGUAGAAGACUCCGCUAGGCGCGAUCCGAAUCCCGAGUUUUCUAACGGAUGCUGCUGCGCAGGUGGAAAGGAGCUGCUGAGUGCUUACGGUGUGUGGCAGCCGAGUGUGCAACGACAGAGCUGAGGGGGAGGCCUCAGCCUCGGGUGGGUGGGUCGGUCGGCGGCCCAACUCUGGCCCAGGGUAACCCAGCGGCCCCAGGGGUCCACUUCCCUGUGUGAGCCUUUAAACCCCUGACAGAGGCCACGGCCCCUGCCCCAUGGAGGGGCUUGCUGGCAGGAGUGCUGGCUCUGGAGGGACUGCGGCCUUCUCCGCAGCCCUCCUCCUCACCUACAUAGGUGGACAACGCCUCUUGGAGGGGAACAGAACAAAUUGUGAGGGGGAGGCGAGAAGACGCGAAGCAAGGAGGGGUGGUUCUGAGAAAAAGAAAAUAUUUAUUAAAUAAAACAACUUUCUGUGCCCUUCUUUAGACUAUGCUAGUUGUAUGCGUAUAAGAGACCCACAAGCAAACAAAGAUGCCACUGGUGGUUGGGGGGAGGGCAAGAAUCCCAACUUGUCUUUUUUGUAUUUUUUAUUUUGUAUUAUUGAAAACCUUGGAGAUCUAAAAAAUAUACCAAAUUCUAUAUUUUGUAAACUAUAUUAGAAAACAGCUGUGCACAGCGUUUGUACUGUACGUGUGUCAGCGUAUGUACUGGUGUAGAUGUGUGUGUGUUUAUGCCGUGGAACUGGUCACAUGCAGGAUGCCUCUUGCCCUCACUUCACUUCAGAUUAGGCAGUUUUGGGUUUUCCCAGGUCCAACCAGAGCAGUGAGCAUGUCCUUUUGGGGUGCCCUACAGUCAGAUUAAAUGGGAAGGUGCAUGCGUACAUUACCCCAUCUCUCUAACACAUCACUUCCCCUAAGUAAAAUGCAAAUGGAUAAUAAAACAAAAACUGCCUUCCCAUCUCAGGCUCAGGUGGAACCAAGGGAAGCAGCCUCAGCCUGCAACAGACAGCACGGCCCCUGUCCCCUCUUCUCCCUGAGAUGCCAACCAUUUGCUGCCUGCAGAGAGGCAGCUGUGAGUGCUCAGGGAUGGCCGCAGGUGCUCAGCUGGCGGGGGGGGGGGGGGCGGGGGUGGUGGGAAGCCUUACCUGCCUACCUUUCUCAGUUGGCUACCGUGCAGGUGGCUCGCCCAGAGAUAAUGCCUCAGACUUGGGGGUAAUGUGCAGCCCUCAGGUAGGUUCAGGGAGGGUGGUGGCUUUGCUCUUCAUCUGCAGACCAGAGAAAAGGAUAGAGCCUUCAGCGUCCAAAGGGCAAAGCUAGCAGAAAUUUUGUUUUGUCUGGUUUUUGGUUUUUUGGGAGGUGGACGUGAAAUAUAUUGGAAAAAAUUAUAUUUGUUAUAUCCUCUGAGGGUAUAAAAUGGAAACGGGCUUAAAACUGAAAAAUGAUAUAUUAUCAUAGGGAUAUAUUCAAACAGAAUCCUUGGGUCCUGUGCCCACAUCUUUUUGUUGCUUCUCAGGGCAGAAUUAUUCUCACCUCUAACACGAGCUUGAAGGAGGUAGGGCGGCAGCUAUAUGCCAACUGCAAAAUGUUAUUUUGAUCCCCAUCUGCACCACCUCUCACUGGACACUAGCACCGGCCUCCCCUUUUUUCUUCAGUAUAUGUGCUGCCGAAGCGAGCUCCCCUUUCCACACACCAUCUCUCACCCCAAUUUGAACACAGCUCUGAGAAGCAAAGUUUACGGACCUAAAAGUUCCAGCUCAAGUCUGUCCACGCUUCUGCUGCUCUGUCCUUUGAGUUCUGCAUUGCCCCUCUUGCAUCUGUUGGGGGGACUGGCUUUCUCCAUGGUGGCAUUCUCAAGUCCCCGGCCCCUCCAUAGCACCCACCAGUGGUGCUAGGUUUUAAUUUUGCUUCCAACCUGAGUAACGUGUGCGUGCUGAGUUCCUCCGGUGGUUCCCCCCAUUGGUUACGGUCUCCUUGGCCUCUCGGGGGCCCAUCCCUCCUAUCCCAGCAGUGACUGGCAACACCAUGCAGUGCUAGCUCUUCAUUCCCUCCAAGGGUGUGCACUCUUUUUAUUCCUGCUCUUGCAAAAACAGAUAGGAUUAUGAUUUCCCAUGGAAAUUGAAAAGUCUAUUUAAAUAAUUUAACUAUUAAACACUUUCACUGGUAA